CUGCCACAUUGACCAAUACGAAGCGCUGCUCAGCUUACAUAGAGAGUCUGCCAUAGACUAUAGAAGCUAGACGCUACGGAAGGCGCCGCCAGGUCAAAAUGACAAAAUUACGGAUCGCAUGCCUGCACGGGUACACGUCCAAUGCCUUCAUCUUCUCUCGACGAUGCGGAGCUAUUCGGAAGGCUUGCAAAGACGUCGCCGAGUUCCACUUCAUCAAUGGCCCUCACCUUGUACAGCCGAUCUCAGGUCUAGGCGGCUUGGACGGCCCUUCAGAGCGUGAGGUGGUGGAUGAAACCACGCCUUUAGAAGAGCAGCCGCGUGCGUGGUGGCGUGCACAGGACGACAGGACAUACAGCGGGUGGGACGAGACGGUCGAGUUUCUGAAUGCACAGAUGGCCGAGACCGGCCCAUGGGAUGCUAUCAUGGGCUUCUCUCAGGGAGCUUGCAUGACCGGCCUGCUCGCUGCAGCGUUUGAGAAGCCUGACAGGGUGCCGGGGCUGAGGCUACACCGGGAUCAAACUCCACUCAAGUUUGCGAUUGCCAUCUCUGGCUUCAGGAGCAGAGAACCGCGUCACGAAGCACUAUUUGAGGAGAAAAUCCGAACUCCAAUGUUGUGCGUGCUUGGGAAGGAGGACUACAUUGUCGAAGCGGACCGAUCGCAAACACUUACGGACGCCUGCGCAAAUGUUCGCGUCGAAUGGCACGAAGGCGGGCAUGCGACCCCUUCUCAAGCACCAUGGCGCAACUUCUUCCGCGACUAUAUCGCCGCCUUUGCGGAGCCGUCUGCGGGGCUCGACUGGCGCACGCUCGCAGGGCCGUCCGAUCGACCAAAAGGUUCGCCUUCUUCUGCCAUAGCGUCGGCGAACAGUAGCGGUGCGAGCACGCCGGUGCUUGGUGCCAACAGCUCUUCUCAUCGUCGGCCUGGAAAAUCGUUGGCUGAUGCUGAACAUGAGGAGGAGCAGGAGAGGCUGGCGGCGCUUGUAGGGUCAAAGCCGACGUUGUGAGGGCCAGAGGUGGAUGUAUGUAAUCUAUAGUACAAUCAGCGCUUUGC